AUGUUCAAUAGUUCAAGUAUCAUGCAAGCUCAAAGUUUGUUCACCCAUAAUUUGAUCUCAGAUAUUGAGAGUAGCAGCAACGCCGCGGGCGUGGGUGCGUCCGUGCCAGGUGAUGUGGGAGCAAUGGCUCAAGUUUACCAACCGGUGCUCGGGGAACUCGUGUUCGGCAAAUUUAUCAAAGAUGAAGAUGCCAAUGGCGGCGUUGUUGAUGAAGAUGACUCUCCUCUUCUGUUAGACGAUUCUACACCUUGCACUGCCACCUCUUCUCUGGAAAGUGCAGUUGAUGAAUUUUUCUUCAAGAGCGAAAACCCAACGCCGAUGUUUGAAUUUGAGGACCCAACUCCUUCAGGACAGUGGACGUCGCUAUUUGAUGAUAACAUCACCAUCACUCAGAAAGAUGUUCAAAUGGCCACAGAUCUGGGUGUCGAAAUUGAUGAAAAUGUUGACAAAAAUCACGAAGAAAGACAAAAAUCGCAGGAAUCUUUAGUAAUUCCAAAGAGCUCUUUCUUGCCAACUCCAGUCAUUGAAGAGGACAAGUUGUUCAAGUCUCCUUCCACGACGCAAUCGUCAUCAAUUGGUACCAACGGUGGUGUCAAAUCGAAUAAAAUUUCAAAGAAAAUUGAUCACCUCGGAGUUGUUUCCUACAAUCGUAAAAACCGUUCUGUUCCAUUAUCUCCUGUUAUUGCUGAAUCAGAUGACCCAACUGCUACCAAAAGAGCAAGAAACACUGAGGCUGCAAGACGUUCACGUGCAAGGAAAUUAAUGAGAAUGACUCAGUUGGAGGACAAGGUUGAAGAAUUGCUAACGAAGAACUCUCAACUGGAAGAAGAAAUUAAGAGGUUAACAAGCUUAUUGAACAGGUGA